AAUCAAACCGAGGAGGCCAAAACCUUGUAAUCUCCUGUUAGCCUAGGAGAGCAAAACUUCUGAAGUUCUCGAGCGAUGGCUUUGGAGACGUGUGGAAGCUGCCUGAGUUGUUUGCUGAUCCCUCUGGCGCUUUGGAGCAUCGUUGUUAACGUCCUGCUGUACUUCCCUAACGGGAGAGCCGGUUACCAGCUGCCGAGCUACGUGUGGCACUUCGAGGGGAUCUGUUUCUCAGGCGUGAUGAUCCUUCUGCUGGCAGUAAUUCUGAUCGCACUGGAGUGUAGCGUGUUCUAUCGGUGCUGUGAGAGCGAGAGCUGUAACAAAACCUACAGGAGCUUCCUUUCAAUCGUGCUGGCCCUGCUCGGCGUCGCCUUCUCCGGAUACAGUUGCAUCAUUUUUACCUGGGGGCUGAUCCAAGGCCCCUUCUGCAAUUCCUCGGGUGGAUGGGAUUACAUCUUCAAGGACACUGCUGGGGGGUACCUCACCGAUUACUCUGCUUGGUCUCGGUGCACAGAACCUGCUAACGUGGUGGCGUGGAACAUCAGUUUAGUCUCGGUUCUGAUGGCUCUCAGUGGACUGCAGCUGAUCAUCUGUUUUCUCAAGGUGGCUGCUGAGUUGAAACGGACGCUCUGUGGCACCUACUCUGUUUUCGUCCAGGCCAGGAUUCUCUGAAAAUGGCAAGAUCUUCACUACCCUUCUCCACCCCAGAACAAGAGAGAAGUUGCCUCUCCAGCAGUCACGGUGGUAGAUUUGGGUGCUGCAAAGGCAGAUAACCCUUGUCUUAAACCUUUGUGUCUCAGGCCUCUCUGUUUUGGAUGAAGUUAUUACAACUGUUUGACACCUGCGUUUUUCUAGUUGUUUUCUCCCCUGUCUGGUUGUCCCCGGCAGUGACUCUUCAUUUUUUGUACCCUCCAGCUUGUUCUACAAUAGGGAGGUUUGAAUAUCAUGGAACUGCUUUUAUACGGAAAUCGUCGUUGUUUGAAUAAAUUGCUGUAACACUGCUACAGAA